AUUCUGCAGGUCAGGCGCAACCUUGACCAAUCAAAGACCAUUCUUGAGGCUCUCAUUAAGAGAGAGGAGAAGAAACGAGAGGUUGUGGAGAGUGAGGUUAGUCUUCAGAGACUUCAAAUGAAACACAAGAAUGAAAUUGAACUUUUUGAGGACACGUUGACUCUGCCUGGAUUUCCUUCCUUCCCAAGUAAGGAGGUUGGUUCAAGUGAGGAGGAAUACAUUGACUCGGAUGACGCCGCUAUUAGCCGCCCACAUGCUCAGACUGCUGUCUCACCCCAUCUUCUCUUCUCUGACUCAAAGCCGGUAAUGGCUUCUGCUGGAAGCAUGAGGCGCGGGCAAGGGUUAAAAAGGCGAUAUGUCCCAUAUGGAGGGCUCCACAAAUUGGAUCCAAAUGAGCCACUUCUCCUGUUCACUAGACCUCUUGAUCCAGAGAAAAUGGUAGCUGCAGGUAUUUUACCUCCAGAUUCGUCAAUGGGAAAUGGUCUGGCUGCACGCACAUUUAACUCUCGUGGAAGGAUUGGCCGAGGUGGCAGAAUAGUGUUUGAUAGAUGGAGCCCACUUAUGCAUACUCCAAUUGAUUGUGGUGAUGCUUUAUAUGUACCACCAAAGGGCCGGCAUUCUGCUCAUCCCUGAUGUAAUCAACCCUUCCCAGGCUUCAUUUGUCCGUCCAGGCUAAGUUUGUAUGCCUGCGGUAACCGUAAGGGGGACGCUCAAGACAUGAGGGAGAUGACUCCGUGGGUGAUUGUCCAAGGGUUGAGCCUGCUGCAGGAUAUAUUCUUGUCAUUGUUUCUUUUCUUAGUUAAAGAAUGGAAAGCAUCCGCCCCGCUUGUAGAUUUUUGUCCAAGAGGAUAGGUAAACAGAAAGCUUUUUUCUCUACUCCUGCAGUCUCCUACUUAGAUAAUGCAUGCUUCUACUGUAAAUAAAAAUGAAAUGAUGAAUGUAACCGGGGUUGGUCUUACAUUGUAAAAAGAAUCAUUGCCUUUAUCUUCUCAUUUUUUGUUUCACUUUA